AUGAAGCUUGCGUUUUACCUCGCUGCCCCUGCCCUCGCAGUGAAUGCGUUGGCGACAGGUCCCCUACGCCGCGCGAGUGGCCAACCGACUUCAACUUUCUGCGGGGCCCCGAACGAAUUCGAGGUUAUCUCUGGCAGUCCGUGGAUUGUGUUUUCCAUGAACUACAACUAUCAAUCCAUUGACGGUUCUUGCUGCACCGGAUACUAUGGCAUUUCGGGGUCUGGAGAUGCUCAGCAGAUCCACUGGAGCAGCAUCUGGGACAUUAGCCCUUCAAAAAGCCCAGACUUGGUAAAGGGCUAUUCCUUUGUCGGCCUUACCCAGGGACUUCAGACAAGACUCGGCGACAUUGGAAGCAUCCCGACUACAUAUGAGUGGACUGUGUCAAACUCUACUGCUUACAAAGGCAACGUCGUGUAUGAUUUCAUGACUUCCGACACUAAGGGUGAUGAGACAUCAAGCGCAGCGCAGGAACUCAUGCUGUGGGUCAAGUACGAGGGCGGACAAGUGCCGAUCGGUUUCGACAAGGGCCCCGUUGCGACCAUCAACAACCUCUAUGGAAAGAGUGGCUGGAAGCUGUACCAAGGCCUCAACACCGACACUGGCAUCACAGUCUCUUCUCUGCUGGCUCCCGAGAAUGACCAAUUCGGUAAUCAGGCUGGGGGUUCUUUCACGGGGGACAUCAAGGACUGGCUCUUGGCACUCUCGAAACAGGGUGUGUUUAGUGAGAGCACUUAUGUCAACGUGGGAAACGCUGGCAUGGAGCCGUUCUGGGGAACUGUGACAUUCGACAACACGCUGUCGCUCAGAAUCAACUUGUAG